AUGGACGGUGGGCGCCAGGGUCAAUUUGGUCCAUUCUUGCUCUCUCCCACUUCAUGCACACUUGUUGGGAUGCUUUCCCAACGUCCCCAGAGCACUUCUUCUAACAGCUCUGGACAUGUGCAAGCUGCACAAUCCCAUUUGCAUGCGCCGCCGCAGGGAGAAGUCUACUUGUGUGCCUUUGAUUUCGACACGACGGCGCCCGAUCAGCUUUCGUUUCGACAGAACGACGUACUUACGAUUAUCCACAAGGAACAAUCUGGCUGGUGGGCCGCACUUCAUGGCGGUCGUCUGAAAUGGGUACCAGCCUCUUACUUGACUCCGAUACCCGCGCGUAAGGGAUUGGCGCCCCCCACCGUGCCUCCCAGCUCGUCUCCCUCCAGCCUUGCGUCUCCAUUGAGCUCAACAGGAAAUGAAGCGGAUUUGCCAGUCUACACAGAAGAGGACGAGGGUUAUCAGUCGCCCGACGUCGACCCAUACGAUCCUUCCCAUCGCGUCUCCUCGGAAUACACCGACGGGCCUACAACGCCCAUACCACAGUUUUCCCCAACAGAUCCACUCGUCGGUGAUCUCUCAAACAAGUUUGCGAGCGCCAACCUUCGUGGCUCAAAGUCCAGCGCCCGUUCCUCUGGCGCUCCGGUCCCGCCCUCUUAUGCAAUGUACUCGCCUCCAUCUGCAACGACACCCGUAAACUAUGUAUAUCCGCGCUCUUCGUCUUCAUCCUACUCUAUGUCACCACCGUAUGACCCGCCAAUACCCCACCAGCUCUCAUUGGUACUCGAGGAAGGUUCCGAUGUUAACAGUCAGUGGAGUAUGCCCAGUAUGCCGAGGGUAGAAGAGUAUGCGCAUAGAAAUUCGGUUGGCAGCUCUCGUGGCCCGUUGUCGUCGCCUUCCAGCUCUACUACCGCCGACAGUGCUGCCCUGCAAAUGGCCCGCUUAUCCCAAGCGAAUCUGCCCUGGUAUUUGCGGCCAAAGUAUACCUGGGAGGAACUCAAGGUAGACGCCAAUGGACUCGUCAUCGCCGGGACAGUCCCGGCCCUCAUUGAGCGAUUAUUAUUGGACCCACUGAAGGCCACAGAGGAACAGUCCUAUCGCACAAUCUUUCUAACCACGUUUAAAUCAUUUACGACAGCCAAUAACGUCUAUGAUACCCUGAUUUCCUACUACGAGAUGGAGCCGCCACCGAAUCUAGACCCUCCAGAGUUUCUCGAGUGGAAAGAGAAAAAGUUCAGGCCCACCCAGACAAGGAUCCUAUCUGUUAUCUCCCAAUGGGUGGAUAAACAUGCCAUGCAUAUCGAUGAUCCGCAGCUCAUACCAAAAUUACGCACAUUUCUUGGUGCGAUACAGUCACCGACGGGACUUGCAAUUAGCGCAAAGCAGCUAUUGCAAACGUUGGAUCGAGUGCAAACGGAAGACGUUGCUUUAAGGUCGAUUCCCAGCUCUUCACCCUCGUCGAGCUUUUCUCUCCGACGCAAGGCCAAGGCUCCCAAGGGCGAGUUUCUAAAAUGGGAUUCAGCCGACAUUGCCAAUCAUCUCACUAUUAUGGAGACCCGACUCUAUUCGCGAAUACGGCCGCACGAGUGCCUCAGUUGGUCACGGUCGACAAAGGGUCCCGCGGUGGCCAACCUGGCGGCGUUUAUUGGCACAAGCGACCGAAUCGCAGCAUGGGUCAAACUCUCCGUGCUCACAUGUGAAAGUCUGGGGAAACGGGCGGAUACCAUUGACCACUGGAUAAAGAUUGCCGAGAAUUGCAAGAAGCAGAACAACAUUUUCUCCAUGUGCGCCAUUGUCGCGGCGUUAUCGGGAGGAGACAUUGGAAAGCUCCACCUAACAUGGGCACACGUCCUUCGUGCCGCUACGCUCGAGCAAUUGGUGCACUUGACGGAUCCGACGGGCCGCUUUGCCGCCUACAAGGCGCUACAUGCCUCGCUCGAUGGUCCCUGUGUGCCGUUUAUCAGCAUCUUCCUCACAGAGCUCGUACAUGCACACGAGCAUCAUCCAGACUUUAUGGCCACGCCCGCUCCUCCAGAACCAGAUCUCGUCACCCCUCGACCAUUGAUCAACGUGAUGAAGCUACGACGACUGGGCGAAAUUAUUGGCCAAAUGCUCAAGUUUGUCAACAAACCGUACAGAAAUCUUGUCGAAAACCCGACCAUGACAAGUGCAAUUGAGCAGCAGAUUGAGCUCGCUGUCUCCAAGGACGCUGGAUUCUUCUGGCAGCGAAGUCAGGAGCUGCAAGGGACAGAAGUCACGCAUGCGGAUAUCUGGAGAAACCUCAAUGACGCUGGCUUCUAG